AUGAUCCUCAUCAAAAAUAAAGUGGCGCUGAAGCUGCUACAGCUAGCCAAUGACCGCAAAUACUCCAUGACAGUAUGUGGUGUGCUUCUUGCUCUGGAAGCAGUCUUUCUCGUGGCCAUCAUCCACAAGGUCCCAUACACCGAGAUCGAUUGGAAGGCCUACAUGGAGCAGGCUGCUCUGAUCCUGGGGGGUGAGUACGACUACAGUAAAAUUGUUGGUGGAACUGGUCCCAUGGUCUACCCCGGAGGCCACGCUCGAAUCUUCACUGCUCUUUACGACGUGACCUCUGGUGGUGAGAAUAUUCGCCUGGCCCAGUACAUCUACGCUGCUGUAUACCUGGGCACCCAGUUCUUUGCAUUCACCGUCUAUCUGCUCGCCGACGCUCCACCUUACCUGUUCCCUCUUCUCUGUCUGUCUAAACGACUGCAUUCUAUCUAUGUUCUUCGACUUUUCAACGACGUCUUUGGUACCUUCGCCAUGACCUUUUGUGUCUUCACCCUGCAGAACCAGAUGUGGCUGCUUUCCGGUCUUUGGAUGUCCCUGGCAAUUGGAAUCAAGAUGAAUUUCAUGCUCUAUCUUCCUGCCUUCCUGCUUAUUACUCUCCAAGGUAUGAGCAGAAACGGCCUUCUUGUUGUCUUCGCCCUUUCCAUCGUCGGAAUUCAGGUCUUCCUGGCACUGCCUUUCUGCAAUCCCUCCCCUGAUCACAUCUGGUCCUACCUGGCUGGUGCUUUUGACCUUUCUCGAGCAUUCAUGUGGAAAUGGACUGUCAACUGGCGGUUUGUUGGACAGAAGGUCUUCGAGAACCGAAAGUUCCAUGGCAUCCUGUUGUGGACGCACCUCACAGCACUCAUCGGUUUCGCCUGCACGAUCUGGAAUGCUCCUUCCGGCUACCAGAACCCGUUUGAGAUGUUCUUCACAAACCCCCCUCCUGCCCCACGAGGUCUCACCGCUGCCCAGCGAGCAGAGUGGGACCGAAUCAGACAGGAAGCCUCUGGCAACGAGGUCCAGUUUGAUGUCCAGCAGAAGCGAUCCAAGCGUGAACAGAAGCGAAUGCAGGAGCAGGAGGAGGAGAUCAAAAAGCAGCAACUGGCUCAGCAGGAAGGACGAGAGAAGCCUCCCCUGUUCUACUCUCGAACCCAGUUCUCCACUCUGGUUACCCAAGAGUACGUCUUCGUCACCAUGGCUACCUGUAACCUAAUCGGUGUGCUCUUCGCUCGAUCUCUCCACUAUCAGUUUUACUCAUGGUUCUACUGGACUAUGCCUUUCCUCCUGUACCGAGCUACAUACGCCAUUUCGCCUUUGUCUCCUAUGCAGUCUACCCUGCGAUAUGAGGGCCGUCUCAGCAAGACAGAGAUCAGAAUAUUCUUCACCGACAUCAUCGGCUUUGUCUUCAUUUUUGGCACCUGGGCGCUUCAGGAGUAUGCCUGGAACGUGUAUCCCAGCACUUUCUGGUCAUCUAUAAUCGCAGUUAGUUGCAUCGCCAUCACUAUCAUCGGUGUCUAUGUUUCUGAGUGCCGAUACCCCUCAGCCAACAACACUGAAGCCCCCACUUCCAAUGAGCUGCAGAAAUACUUGGCCAAGGUUGAGAAGGAGAACGAGGCCAGGGCCAAGAACUAG